AUGCAUACUUUAGGCUUUCGAGCCAUUGUUGCAUUACUAUUAUUACUACUUUUUCAAGUUUUUGUGCAAAGUAUUCACGAUAAAAUUGCUCCACCUGGUACUUCUUCACUGACAUUUGUUUUCGAUACGACGGGUUCUAUGAACGAUGAUUUAAUUCAAGUCCAAGAUGGGGCUAAAAAAAUCCUAGAAACUGUUCUAUCACAACGGGAAAAGCUUAUUUACAAUUACGUUUAUGUACCGUUUCACGAUCCAAGAGUUGGGCCUGUUUUCUCAACUACAGAUCCAAUUGCUUUUCAACGACAUCUCAGCUCCGUGCAUGUUGUCGGUGGUGGGGACUGUCCUGAAAUGGCAUUGAGCGGAAUAAAGUUGGCCUUAGAAAGCUCACUGCCAUCAUCGUUUAUAUAUGCAUUCACAGAUGCGCGAGCCAAGGACUACCAUCUUGAAGAUCAAGUUGUGAAUUUAAUUCAAGAAAAGCAAAGUUCUGUGGUGUUUGUGAUGACAGGAGACUGUAACGAUCGUACACAUCCCGGCUUUCGCUGCUAUGAGAAGGUAGCUGCUGUUGGUUUUGGACAAGUAUUUCAUUUGGAAAAAACUGAUGUCAAUAAAGUACUGAAUUACGUUCGUCACUCAAUAGCUUACAGAAAGGUUCAUAUCAUGUAUGAGAUUCACGAGAAAGGUGGUUCAACUUUAAACCAAAUUCCUGUUGACCGACUGCUUAACGAGAUGACCAUAUCUCUUACAGGCGAUAAGGAUGAUACUGAUUUUUUGGAUAUAAGUCUGAUUAAUCCAAAAGGUUUAUGGGUGAACCAGGCAGAACUCAGCAAUGAAAGUGGUUCAAUUGAUUUGAGUAAUAUCAAACUGAUCCGAAUUCGGAAUCCAAUGCCUGGAAUAUGGAAGAUACGUACAUCAAGUCGUUUGAAGCAUACGUUACGUGUACUCGGUCAGGGCGCAGUUGAUUUUAAGUAUGGUUUUGCUAUGAGACCAACCGAGAAAAUGGAAAUGACGCAUCCAAGACCGAUUGCCCAUCAGAAAACUUAUUUAGUAGUUAAUAUAACUGGUUUAGUACCGCCUGGUAUAGUUUUGGAGAUAUCAUUACUAGAUUAUUACGGCAAUGAAUUGUUCUCGAAAGCAGCGACUAUGCACUCUGAUAAUCCUUACGUAUUUUACGUCGGUCCAUUUAUUCCACCUCUGGGGUUAUUCUUUGUGCGGGUGAGGGGUGAAGAUGAUAAGUCAUAUGAAUUUCAUCGCAUCGCUCCUACAGCAGUUUCCGCGGCUCAAACUGGAGGACCAAGGGCAUAUAUGGCUGAUCGUAUAACAGCUGUGACUUCACAAGCAAUUAAUUUGACUUGUUCGGUAGCAUCAAAAAGCGAAUUUACUCUUUACUGGUUCAAAGGUGACGAGCGACUUGGUGAACCACUUUUCUAUCCAUAUUCCGAUACGUCAGUUUGGACAUUACCGGAAGUAACUCCGAAUGACCGAGGUCAAUAUCGAUGCGUCGUUAUUAGUCCUUCUGGAAAUUACACUGCCACUACAUUUCUCGACGCCAAAGAGCCAAUCCCUGAAAUCACAUCUGUUCGCAAUGAAUCAGUGGCACGAAAAAAUUUGGCUUUCUUACACUGUCGAACUCAAAAUUUACAUACUAUGAUUCAAUGGUUGAAAGGAGAUACUGUGAUUGAUAACUCAGCCAAAAUGCGUUUGUAUCCAAAUGGCACGUUGAUGAUUGUUGACGUUGAUAUGCAAGACGCUGGCAUGUAUCGAUGUCGCGUUCAAACUUCAGGUGGUCGUGCCGAAGCAGUAAUGUAUUUACGUGUUCUUGAUCCACCGAAAGUUCAUGUCACUCCUAAGCAACUGUAUUUUGUACGUGGGCAGUCAUUCAGCAUUAGUUGUUCUGUUGCUGGUGACCCUUCACCCGAACCGCAGUGGUUCUUCAGAAAACAGCGAGUCAUACCAGACCACCAUAAAUAUUACAUUACUUACAAGUAUGAUUUAAUAGUACAAAAACCAACAGAAACUGACGCUGGAAUCUAUGAAUGCCGCGCAAGUAAUGCAGCUGGUACUGAGACGGCUAAUGCAUUCACGCAAAUUGCAACUCCACCAAAAAUUCGUGUUAUUCGUGAUCGACAAAUGGUUGGCAGAGGAGAUCAGAUCACUUUGGAGUGCAUAAUAAUGCAAGGUACUCCAAAACCAGCUAUUAAAUGGUUCCGUGGAGGUAGAGAAGUCCCCAGUUACCGAUAUCUCUCAGUUAAUCAAAACAAACUCACUAUUCAAGAAGUGCAAGAUUCUGAUGCCGGGUCAUACACAUGUGUUGCACAGAAUAUUGCUGGUCGAGAUUCAGGAAUUAUUAAUCUCGAUGUUGGAAGUAUGCCUACAAUUGUGCCAACUCCCGAAACCGUCCGAGUUAACAUCGAUCGGUCUGUUACGUUACAGUGUCGUGCGAUCGGGCACCCACUUCCUAAAAUUACUUGGCGUCGAAAUGGAAUACCGAUAGAAAAUUUAAAUAAUCGAAUUAAAGCACUUCCUGAUGGCAAUGUACGAGUGGAUGACCAAGAUCGUUAUACGUGUACAGCCAAGAAUGUAUUUGGCCACCAAGACAAAACAACAGCACUUUUAGUCACCGGAUUAGUGAGCCCUGUACUGGGACACGUACCACCUGAAGAACAAUUGCUCGAGGGCGAAGAACUUCGUCUGUCCUGUGUUGUUGUACUCGGAAGUCCAAAACCAGUGCUCAAAUGGUACAAAAAUAAUGAACCUAUAAUACCAUCUGCGUAUGUCUCAGUGGAAUCAGGUGGGAGCAGUUUAGUGCUACGUAAAGGUCGACCGCAGGAUGAAGGGAGAUAUACGUGCAUUGCGACCAGUCCAGCUGGCAAUGCUUCCAUUAACGUCAACGUCGAAAUGAUAAGAAAGCCUUAUAUCGAGAAAAAUGAAGUGUUGGAAUAUAAAACACCUAGGGGAGAAGUCAUUGAGAUUCCCUGCCGUGUCACGGGUAAGCCACAGCCCAAAGUAAUUUGGAGUCUAGAUGGGAAGCCAAUUAGCACCAUCGGUCGAGAAUUCGAGAUUUUGCCUGACAAUACGUUGAGAAUUCAUGAGACAAGUGGGAGUCAUUCAGGUAAAUACGUAUGCACAGCUUCAAACUCGGCGGGUGAAGCAGAAAUAGCGACUGGUGUAGUAGUUCUCAGUCCUCCGAUUAUUGAACCUGGACAAAUCUCGUACAAUCUGAUUCAAGGCAAUCAAAUCACACUACCAUGUGAAGCACGUGGUGAUCCAACACCGCACAUCAGAUGGUAUUUGAAUGAUGAGGAGUUCGGCGAUGGCUACGUGGACGAGGACGGUUCCUUAACAAUUGAAAAUGCGCAAGAAUACCAUCGCGGGCAAUUCAAGUGCGUAGCAUCAAAUGAAGUUGGAAAUGAUGAAAAAGUAAUGAGCGUAACGGUGCACACAGCACCAACUAUCGAAGGUUCUGGUCAACUGAAAAUAAUGGUUACAAAAGUUAACAAAUCAGUUUUACUGCCUUGUCCAGCUCGAGCUUUUCCUCCACCUUCCCGAACAUGGAGUUAUGAGGGUAACCGCAUUUACGGUGGCUAUAAUCAGGGAACAAAAAUGAAAGUUACACCUGACGGAUCGUUAGAAAUAAGUACGCCUCAAAUGAAUCAUGCUGGAAGAUACACAUGUCAUGUGUCCAAUCUGGCUGGUGAUGAUCAGAUUACAUAUUUACUAAAAAUACAGGAACCUCCAAAAAUCAUAUCUGACAUACCAGGUACAAUUGAUGUCGUGCUUGGUUUGAUGCUUGAAAUUCCCUGUCGUGCAAUCGGCACACCACAACCAACAAUUGCAUGGGAAAAAGAUGGAUUUCAGGUGAUUUUAGUAUUAAUCGAAAAAAGCAUUAUUAGCAUGGAGAGUGAGUGGUUGAUCAUUCCUGAUCAUAUAAAUCAUAUUGAUAUGGCUGGGACAUUACGUAUCGAUAAAACGCAGCUAAUACACAGCGGAAUAUAUAGAUGUAUAGCAACAAAUCCUGCUGGACGUGAUGAACGAAAUGUUCAAGUAGAUAUUCAAGAGCCACCAAAGAUUUCAUCGAAUACCUUAACUGAGUACACCACCGUAGAAGGUGAUCGUAUCGAAUUACGUUGUUUUGCUAGUGCAAAUCCACCACCUACAAUAACAUGGAGUCAAAAGGGAAUUAAAGUGACAAAUGAGACCCCACGUAUGCAUGUAAUCGCUGAUGGCACCUUGGUUAUUGAUGACGUUGAAAGCGAUGAUGCAGGCCAUUAUAUCUGCAAAGCGACUAACGUUGCUGGUGAAUCGGAGAGAGUGGUACGAUUACGAGUAAUAACACCACCUGAUAUACCUGAUCAAGAAACCACUGUAAUAGAGACAAUUGUGGUUGGACAAUCCUUUAGUCUUUACUGUCCGGUUUUUUCCACUCCGUUACCUCAGAUUACCUGGCUGCUGAAUGAACGACCAAUAAAUGAAAAUGAUGCAAAUAUCGUCAUAUCUGACAAUCAGAGACGUUUGCAUAUCUUGAAGUCACGCGUAUUUGACGCUGGAAAUUAUAAAUGUAUUGCGCGGAAUCCAGCUGGAGAAUCUGCAAAAACUUUUCACGUCGAAAUUGUUGGUAAGAUUUACAUUUAUUUUCAUAUCAGCAAAAUUAAAAUGCUUUCAGUACCUCCCAACCUAGAUCAAGCUACCCAUAAAGUGAAGUUGACAGUGCCUGAGAAUAAGCAUAUUGAGUUAGGAUGUCCAAUAUCAGGGUUACCUGAACCCGAUAUUUCUUGGCUUGUUAACGGACAGCUUCUUGAACAAAGCAUGACAAGACGAGGUGUAAGGUUGGCAGGAAAUGGGAAAUCGAUCGUGAUAGAAUCUGCACAGCUGGAAAAUGAAGGAAUCUAUACUUGUGUAGGGACGAAUAAAGGUGGGAGCUUGGAUGUGGACGUGCAUCUCAGUGUUCUUGCUCCUCCAAAAGUUGGAAAAGACGAAGAACUAGAAGUAAUUGUCGGAAAAAGUUUAGUAAUGAACUGUGACGUGGAGCAAGAAGGAAUGAAAUCGACGAUUUCUUGGCUCAUGAAUGGUUCUGAAACUUUGCCUUCAAAUGCGCAAAUUGUUUUGGAUGGACGUCGGAUGUACCUAGAUCAGAUUACUCUUCAAAACGAAGCCACUUAUCAGUGUCGAGUCCGAAACAGUGCAGCAGCACCACGUUUUCAAGAAAACAAUUAUGAAGCAAAUACUCAAGUGACAUUGGGAACAGCUCUAUCUUUGACUUGUCAUGUAGACGGUCAUCCAUUUCCAAACAUUAGAUGGCUACGUGAUGGUCAGGUAAUGAUAGACGAACAUGCAUCCCUGAGCGAUCGCAAUCAAAAACUAGUGCUUCAAUAUACCGAUUAUGCUAAUCAUAGAUAUACUUGCGUUGCAAACAAUAAAGCUGGCAGUAUUUCUCGAGAAUUUCUGGUACAGGUGAUAGCUCCUCCUGAAAUGAUUUAUUCCGGUGAUCGCACAUCAAUUGAAGUUAUCGAAGGACACACUUUAACUUUAGAAUGUCCACUUUUCAGACCAAAUAGUAUCAUCAGUAUAGAAUGGUUUAAAAAUGGACGUCCAAUAACGCGAGAUGAUGUGAAUAUGCAAAUUUCCUUGGAUGAAACCACGCUCGUGACGGUUAGUGCCGAGAAAGAUGCUGAGGGUACAUAUAUCUGUGUGGCGAGAAAUUCAGCUGGACAGGCUACACGGGAAUUUGAUGUUACAGUAAUCGUGCCGCCAAGCAUCAUUGGCAAGGCAGUAGAGGAUGUUGUUGUUGUGGAAGGCGAAUCGCUGGAACUUCAAUGUGAUUUUGAAGCUGAUCCAAUUCCAGACAUUCAGUGGUCUAAGGAUGGCUUGGAAGUUGGGAGAAAUGUACAGCUUUUGAAUGCGAAAAGAAUCGCACUGGUUGCAUCAGUAAGUGCCGCAGAUGCUGCGAGUUAUCGCUGUGGUGUGAUAAACAAGGCAGGUCGGGCCGAAAAAACGUUCAACGUUCGCGUAAUAACGAAGCCUGAAUUGAAAAAUGCAAAUUUGCCGACACUGGUGGAAUCACUUAUACAUCGACCAAUUAGUUUGGAGUGCCUGUUAGAAGGCAAUUCAGAUGCCAAUAUUUCAUGGACUAAAGAUGAUGUCCCAUUGAUUCCAGGAUAUGAAGAAGAUAUUCAGAUUUUAAAUGGUGGGCGGUAUCUGCUCAUAUCAGAUACUCAACUAGGCUACCAGGCACGAUAUACGUGUAUAGCACGUAACAAAGCCGGUGAAGCAAGCAAACAUUUCAAAUUAUCGGUGCUUGUGCCACCAGCAGUUGUGAGUAAGAGUAAACAGUACAGAGUAAUCGAGAAUAACUCGUUGAUUCUGCCUUGUGAAGUGGAAGGACAGCCAUUUCCAACCAUUACUUGGACAAAGGAUGGCAUACCAGCGUUGCAUUUGAAUUCUGUACAAACUCUUUCAGAAGGACAGCAACUGAAAAUUGUACGAGCUGGUGUGGAACAUCGUGGCUCAUACGUUUGUUUAGCGCAGAACAAAGUUGGUAAAUCCGAAAUUGGAUUUGACGUUGAUGUAAUCACUCGUCCAACAAUAGCUAAAGAAGUAAAAAAGGUUAUCGAUGUUGUUCAAAACGAUUCUGCAGUGAUUAAAUGUCCAAUAAUUGACCAAGGAUUUUCUGGCGAAGUCACUUGGUUGAAGGAUUAUCAUCCAGUACGUAUUGAUGGCCGAAAAUAUGCCGUGUCCCAGUUGAGUCGAAAACUUCAUAUUAACAGGGUAGAUAUUCACGAUGAAGGGAGCUACAGUUGCCGUGUCAGGAAUGAUGCAGGCGAGUCGAGAGCAGACUAUAAACUGAAUAUUCUACUUCCUCCUGAAAUAUUAAUUCUUGAUAAAGACAAGAAUAGAACAGUAAAUGAAAACAGCGCAAUAACAUUGAGUUGUCCAGUAACCGGCAAGCCUGAACCGGAAAUCGAGUGGUUUAAAGAUGGUGAACUUAUCAAAUCUCAGAAUAUCACAAAAAAAAUCGAAACAGGAGUUUUAGACGGCAAUGACGUGAAAAUCUCACGCGUUCAAGUAAUAAAUUCGGGACGUUACACGUGUGAAGCAAAAAAUAAAGCUGGAAUGGCAGAGCAAGACAUUUUAUUAUAUGUAAUGACACCUCCGAAAAUUGAAUAUGAAGGAGUGCCUGAAGAAAUUGGUGCAAAAUUGAAAAGUUCUUUAACGAUAAAUUGUCCAGCAUACGGUCGACCUAUGCCAGUGGUAAAUUGGCUUAAGUCCGGUAGACCACUCGACUAUGGAGCCGAUAUUUACUUGUCAGCGAAUGGAAUGAAAUUGCAUUUUUUGAAUAUGAAAAAAAGUGAUGCUGAUCAUUAUACGUGUAUUGCGAGAAAUGCUGCUGGGGAAGAGAAGCGUGAUUUCGUGGUGAAACUGUUGGAAGCUCCAACAAUCGAAGGACCCAAUAUUUUGCAUAGAGUGCAAGUGAUUUCGGGUCGAACUGCAGUGAUCAAUUGUCCAGCAUUUGGUAGCCCUAAACCAUCAAUUGCUUGGCUUAAAAAUGGACAACCACUGAUUUCUGACCAUCGUCACGCUAUUUUGAACGGUGGACGACAACUUGAGAUCAGCGAUGCUUCUCUUAACGACGAUGCAAGGUAUACUUGCAUAGCGACGAAUGAUAUUGGUUUGACUGAUUUGGAGACACAUCUUCAGGUUAUAGGCACCCCAGUGAUAGCUACUGAUAAACACGAAGUGAUUGAAGUACUUGUAAAUGAAGCCAAAGAUCUACUCUGCGAUGUCUCAGGGACCGAACCAAUCGAUAUAGAAUGGUUACGAGGUGGUGAAGCUAUUGAGCUUGCCGGUACUUCACGUUUCGGUACUAGCUAUCUUCAGAUCUCAUCACGUGGCCGCAUCCUACAUAUUUUAUCAGCACAACUCUCAGAUGCUUUACGGUAUACUUGUAUUGCUCGGAACUCUGCUGGUGAAGCGAAAAAAACGUUUGACUUACGUGUUUUGGUUCCACCAACAAUCAACGAAUCUUCGUCCUCAUCACCACUGCAAACAAUUGUUCCGCGCACUGGUUUUGCUGUGGAGUGUGUUGUUCAUGCUGUUCCUGAUGCUCAAAUCAUUUGGACAAGAAACAAUCUUCUUCUUCGACCCAGCGAUGAUUUUGUUUUUCUUAAUAACAAUCAAACAAUAUGGGUGAACAAUGUACGUGAGGGUUUUGACGGACGUUACACUUGCAUGGCGGUAAAUAAAGUUGGGCGCGCAAGUCGAGACUUUAUUAUCAAACUAACAGCCCCACCUGUGCUAGAUGGAACUAGUCAGAAUAUAGAUGUUGUAAUUGGGGAUUAUGUCAUUCUCAGUUGUAAAGUGCUCAGUGGUACAGGAAAAUUAAGUGUAAAGUGGAUUGUUGAUGGACGUGAAGUUGGAGAUGGACAGAUUAGUCAAACAGUUCGGGUCGAUGGAAAACGAGUUGAAAUUCGAAAUGCGCGAAUAAGCGAUUCAGGCAGUUACGUUUGUGUUGUCCAAAAUGAAGCAGGAGUAGCGAGGAAGAACUUUGAACUUGCUGUUCUUGAACGACCUCGCUUUUUGGAUAUGACAAAUCUGAAUCCAUCUAUCAUUGUUGGGAGACCGUUACUGUUGGAUUGCUCUGUGACAGGUACUCCAAAACCCAUAGUUAUGUGGUCCAAGGUUAGCCUUUAG